AUGGAUUGAAAUUGAUUGGAGUUGUACUCCUGCUCCAACUGAAAUUCAACUUGUACUGUACAGCUAGCCAACUCCUCUUUCUCUCUCUCUCUCUUGUUGUGUGUGUAUGGGUCAAACUCAUUGCUUUGUUUAUAUACCAAUUUGGGGCUAAUUGCAAUGAAGGAGACAAUUACGCACAAAAUGGUUAACCGCUUGCACCGCCGUAACUCCUCCGCCUCUUCCACCGCCUCCGUUGAUUACACUUCCGGCGAACGCUUUGAGUUCAAGUUUUCCGCUCUUCACGCUCUCCAGGUCCCCAAAGGAUGGGAUAAGCUUUCACUGUCCCUUAUAUCUGUAGAAACGGGAAAAGCAAUUGCCAAAACAGGUAGAUCAUUGGUACAGAAUGGUAAUUGUCAGUGGACUGAGAAUCUGUCAGUGUACAUUUGGGUUCCUCAUGAUGAUGCUUCAAAAGGGCAUGGGCAAAGCCUGCAUAAGCUUCUUAUUUCAAUGGGGUCCGGUAGAUCAGGCAUCCUUGGAGAAGUUACAGUAAAUUUGUCAAGUCACUUGAGUUCUGAGACUUCUACUACUGUUGCGGAACCACUAAAAAACUGUAGUUAUGGGACAAUCUUACAGAUGGAAAUUCGGUGCCUAACACCAAGAGCAAAUAUGAGAAACGACAGAUGGACAGACACUGAUUCUUUUGUAGAAGAUGCAAAUGCUUCUGAUGACCUGGAUACCACAUCAGAUGUGUCUGAUGGUAGAACCACAAAGAGUGCAGAAUCUUCCAUGAGCAGUAACUUCAUGUAUACCUCUCAAGCAGGUGGACCUGGUAGCAAGGAUGCCAGCGUAUCUGCACGGGGGUCACUAAGUAGCAUUGAUUCAAUGGAUGAUUCUUUUGGUAGGAAUAUAAUUGAAGUUGCUAAUGAUCUAAUAGCAAGACAUGAUUCUAUUAACUCUUCAAAUAGAGCCCAAUAUAGCUCAUAUCAUGUCUCUGAGUCUCCUAGAUUAAGUCAAAAACAAGAUUCUGGAAAAUUUUCACAUUCGAUUCCCGCAUCACCAUUACGAACUUUUGGUUCCCCCGAAUUUGUUCUAGAAGGUGAAGGAGCCACAGUAGAAGAACUUAGAGCAGAAGCAAGAAUGUGGGAAAGAAAUGCACGGAGAUUAAAAGUCGAUCUUGAUUUCUCAAAAAAGGAGUUCAAAGACCAAACAAGAAAGCUACAAAACGCAUCUAUGGAGAUUAUCGCAUUACAAACAGAAUGUGAUGGGUUGAAACACGAAAACGAUUACUUAAAAGCCAUACUUGAUGAAUCAGAAGUCAAAGAAAAGGCCGCUGAAAGUCUAAAACUCCAAACGCAAGAUGAUAUACAGUCCGAAUUGGAAGAAGAAAUAAAAUUUCAAAGAGAUUUAAACAAUAAUUUAUCUCUACAGUUCAAUAAAACUCAAGAAUCAAAUCUUGAGUUAGUUUCUGUUCUCCAGGAACUAGAAGAGACCAUAGAGAAACAGAGAAUGGAGAUAGAAAGCCUUAAUGCUUUGAAAGAUAAGAUUAAGGAGCUUGAGAGGGAUUGUAACGAUCUUACCAAUGAGAAUCUUGAGCUUGUAUUUAAGCUAAAAGAAUCGAAAAAUGAUCUUGCAACGAGUGUUGAUUCUACUGAAGUUUCUGAGAUAACUAAACUUGAGUGUGAAAUACAGAAGCUUAAAGAAGAGGCAAAUAAGAGAGAGCUUGAUAGAAUAGAUGUUGGUAACCUGCAAAAUCGUUGCAAUGAUCUAGAAAGCAAGUGUGUGAAACUAGAAGUUGACAUUCAAGGUUUUAAGGAUAAAGCUUAUUAUCUUGAUGGCGAACUCAAUAAAUACCGUGCAAAAGCAGACGAGCAUGAAAAUGAGGUUGUUAGAUUGAAAGAAUUACUGAAAUUGCAGGAAGAAGAUAAACAUGAAACAGAGGUAUAUUCAUUCACCGCUAUAGAGACCAAACCAACGAUAAAGGAUCAUUUUAGUGUUGAAAACGAGAUGGAGUUUAGUUUGAAAGACGAUACUGGCAUACUUGAGAAGCCGAACAUGGAACUAUCGGCAAAAUCCUCCGAAAUAGAAGUUCUUAAAUCAGAUUGUUUGCUAAAAGACCAGGAAAUUCAGCGCCUGAAUGCCUACCAAACAGAUUUGGAGAUUCAGUUGUCUGAUCUGAAAAUAAUAAAGAAGCAACUAAUGGGCGGUUUGAAAGCUAUGCAAACUGAAAGUACAAUCAUCUCUGAAUGUUUGGAUAAGGUUAAAAAUGACAUGGUGGUGCUUAAUGAUACAAAAGAUUCCCAAGUUGCUGCGAAUAAGACUCUCGAAAAGAAAUUACGUGAGCUCGAGAGCUGUAACAAGGAAUUAGAACAGCAGGUAACUGAAUUGGAAGUAGAGAAUCUACACUUAUCAGAACGAAUAUCUGGAUUAGAACCUCAAUUAAGAUAUUUGACUGAUGCAAGAGAGUCGAAUUGUUUGGAGAUACAACAUUCAGAGACACGUGUCAUGAAUCUACAGGCUGAAAUAAAACAACUAGAAGCGCAACUAGAAACAAGCAAAGUUGAUAUGAGACAGAAGUUGGAAGACAUGCAAAAACGUUGGUUGGAAGCUCAAGAGGAGUGCGAGUAUUUAAAAAAGGUGAAUCCGAAGUUACAAACAACUGCUGAAAAUUUGAUUGAAGAAUGCAGUCAACUUCAAGUGUCAAACCGAGAGUUAAAGCAACAACGACUCGACUUGCAUAAUCGCUGCACGGAUUUGGAAGCAGAAAGGAGGGAGUCGCAGUAUAAUUUCUCUAAAUUGUCUACAAAGUUGGAAGAUUUAGAAGAUAAGUUCUCGUUAAUGAUGAACAAGAUUGCUGCAAAAGAGAAAAUAUUUGAUUCAGAACUUGAAGCGUUACAUUUGAAAAUUGAAGAACGAAUGGAAAAGCUUGUUAUCGGUGAAGAUAUCACAGAUGAUAAGAUAAUCAAAACCAUUGAAGUUGAAUAUGAAGAAAAUAUUCAUGAUCUAAUGGUGGAGCUUGUUGCUUAUAAACAGAACAAUGCAGUUCUUGAGGUAAAACUUGAAAAAUUAACGGAGUUAUUGGAGAAAACAAGAUCUAGUGAAGAAAAUCUAAGAAUUAAAGUUGGUGGGCUCGAAGGUGACCUAAAACAUUGUGAAUACCAAAGAGUACAGUUAACGGAAGAAAUCUCGAGUUUGACUGGUCAACUGCAGAAAAUUCCAUUGUUGCAAGAUGAGCUGGUGGCUCUUAAGAAGUCGUACAAUGAUGUGAAAUAUGAGAAUGAAAGGUUGGAAGCUUCACUGCAGUUGGUAACUGGGGAUUAUAAGGAACUAAAGGAGGAAAAAACGUCAUUGUUGCAGAGAACAUUAAGCAUGCAGAAGGCGAUGAUCGAAUUAGAGGAGUAUAAACUUAGUAAAGCUGCAUUGGAGGAACAAGUUAUACGGCUUCGAGGUGAUUUAACUGCAAGAGAAGCGUUAUGUGCACAAGAUACUGAGUUGAAAAAUGAAAUCGGGCGUCUAAAACGGUCAAACAGUCAACUACGGUGGAAGAUAAACAGUCUUCAGGAAGAAAAAGAUGAAUGCUUGAAGAUCGCUCAUGUCCUUGAAGAGAAAUUGGAGCAGAUCGAGUACUCUACUAAUAAUAGUGUGAAAUCUUUCAGAUCAGAUAGUAAUAUUAGUUUUCAUGAGCACAUGAAGCUCACAGAGGAUGUGGAUGCAAAUAUAGAUGAGGUAACUAUUGAUGCAUCAUCAAGAAUCAGGUCACUUGAGAAUGAACUUGCUGAGGCUUUGCAGGCUAAUGACAUGUAUAAAGCCAAGAUUAAUAGCUUCCUGUCCAAGGAACAAAUUCACGAGUCAGAUGUUCCACUCGAGUUAGACAUUGAUGUAAACACGGUUAAAAAAGAAGACGAUAAAGAUGCAUCUUUACUUGAGACCGAGUUGAAAGAACUUCGAGAACGUUAUCUUCACAUGAGCCUCAAAUAUGCCGAAGUAGAAGCUCAAAGAGAAGAGCUUGUAUUGAAGCUAAAGGCUGUGAAGCCGGGAAAGAGUUGGUUUUCAUAACUUUAAUUCUUACAAUACCAGGUAAAUUAUAUCUUCUGUAGUUAAUGAAAUGUUAAUAUCUAUCUGUUUGAGGAAAGAUCAAAAAUACGUGCAUAUAGCAUUGAGUAGAUGAAACCAAAGAAAGAUAGGUAAAUGAUGAUGUUCUAUUAUUCAAAUCAUGGGCAUGUUAUGUAUGUCCAUCCUAGUUUUACAUGUGCAUAUUGUAUCUUACUGAAGAUUCAUAUUCAUGCCAGUUGUAAGUUUUAAAGUCUAUCAGACAUCUUCGGGUAUUUAAAGGGUUCAAUGGCAAGUGAAGGUUUUGGCUCAA